AUGCCUUUUGUGCUGUUGGCCAACCAGACACACAGCGGAUCUGACUUCCGGGCGCCGCUGCCGCUGAAUGACUUUGCACGCGGUACGCAAAAAAAAAAACAGGAAGGUUCCGCGUGUAGCGAUAUUAAAGACUCGGGUUUGCCGAGUCGUCCGGGGGGGAAUCGGGUUCUCUCUGGUUUGGAUCCGGGAAGCGUGAACGGAAGCGGAGGCCUGGUAGCGCUUUUACCACCCGGCAUCGCGUUCCCUACCGGCAUCGCUCAUGCGGUUCCGGCAACGCGACUCAGGCGAUUCUGUCAGUAUCGUGGGGAGGAGUUUGGGGGCUGUGCAGUGGGUUUGGGUGAAAUGGGUCAGGGCCUGUUGGAAAGGCUGCAUGUGCAGCUAGGCGCCAGCAUUGGGAGAAGCCGGGCUGGCAUUGACAGAUUUACCGAAUCCUCUAGCCAACGGGAGGACAGAUGGAAGGUACCGAAGCCGCCUCAAGCACAGGGUGAUAUCGCGGCUGGUGAUCCAAGAUCCCGAUGCCCCUAUCACUCCGGUCAUAUUGCGCCCCCGCGGAUGUGUUGGCCAUCAUCGGUGGUACAGCGAGAUGCAAGACUCUGCCGAGUCCAGAUAAGUCUCAAACCCCGCCGCCUGCCACGUGGUGACAUGGAUCACAUUCCGCUGCGCAAAGCUGUGCGCUGGCAGACUGUGGAGCUGCCCGUUGAUUCCUUUCUUGCUGCAGCCAUGGCCCAACUUGCUUCUCAUCCUUGGACAGAAUCGACCAUAAUCCCCCUGCUGUCAAACAAAUCCAUAUGGAUAGCUGGUACACAAGACACUGAUGGUGGUGAUCGACUGAUAUGGAUUCUUGGAAUUAACUCAGCUGUCAAUGUCGGCCUAACACUGAACUCGAAUCAUAUCAGUCGGAAAGUGUACCUGUCGAGUCAGCCAGAUAGCGUCAUUCGUCUCGGCUCGCCGUCGUCUAGGGUUGCACGUACCUACCAAGGCGUCAAUUCGCCCGGAAGAAAGGCCGCCGCUCUAACAACCGUGCCUGAGUCCGUUUUCGUUUGA